GAAGUGUUUAAGAGCAGUUAAUUUUUUUUAUAAGGUGAUGUGUUAUUAAAUUUGCUAUGCAGAAUUAUCUAAUAAUUUGACAAGUUUUUUAUUUGAUUAUUUAAAAUAAAGUCGCAUAUUGUUAUGGCGACAUAAAGACAUAUAAAAUAGUGGAAAUGAUAAUUCUAAUAUUUGAUUACUAGUGACAGAUUGAGUGUGUUUAGUUGAGAUAUUUGUGUUUUCAUAUUUCAUUUCGAGUCAGCUUGUUAUUAGUUAAUGAAUGUGAAAGUUAACGAAAGGAAACAGUAUUCUGCUGGCACGAUGAUGAAAAAUACUAGUUCAAUUAAUAAAAAGGAAGGCAAGAUGAGAAUCCGGGCUUUUCCGAUUACCAUGGAUGAAAAGUACGUCGAAAGUAUUUGGAACCUCUUGAAGAAUGCAAUUCAAGAGAUACAAAAAAAGAACAACAGUGGAUUAAGUUUUGAAGAAUUAUACAGAAAUGCAUAUACAAUGGUAUUGCAUAAACAUGGCGAAAGGUUAUAUUCAGGGUUAAAAGAAGUGGUUACUCAUCAUUUAGAAUCAAAAGUGCGAGAAGAUGUUCUACGCUCAUUACACAAUAAUUUUUUGUUAAUAUUAAAUCAAGCGUGGAACGAUCAUCAAACUAGUAUGGUUAUGAUUAGAGAUAUUCUCAUGUAUAUGGAUAGAGUUUAUGUUCAACAAAACGACGUUGAUAAUGUUUACAAUCUGGGAUUAAUCAUUUUUCGAGAUCAAGUUGUCCGUUAUGGCUGCAUUCGAGAUCAUCUUCGGGACACAUUAUUAGCAACAGUAAUGCGAGAACGUCGUGGUGAAGUUGUUGAUCGUAUUGCUAUUAAAAAUGCUUGUCAAAUGUUAAUGGUGUUGGGCAUAAAUUCACGUUCAGUAUAUGAAGAGGAUUUUGAAAGACCAUUUCUACAACAGUCCGCUGAAUUUUAUAAAAUGGAAAGUCAAAAAUUCUUAGCUGAAAAUAGUGCCUCCGUAUAUAUUAAAAAAGUAGAGGCACGUAUUAGUGAAGAGGCUGAAAGAGCCAAACAUUAUUUGGAUGACAGCACUGAACCACGUAUAGUAGAUGUUGUUGAACAAGAAUUAAUUAAAAAACACAUGAAAACAAUUGUAGAUAUGGAAAAUUCUGGAGUGGUUCAUAUGUUAAGAAACCAGAAGACUGAAGACCUUGCGUGCAUGUAUAAAUUAUUUGGACGCGUUGCUGAUGGUUUACGUACAAUAUCUGAUUGUGUCAGUAAUUAUUUACGUGAGCAAGGUAAAGCAUUAGUGCAAGAAGAAGAAAAUCAAUCAUCAACCAAUGCAAUCACUUUUGUGCAAUCAUUAUUGGAUUUAAAAGAUCGUUUUGAUCAUUUCUUACAUAAUUCAUUCAAUAAUGAUAAAAUAUUUAAACAAAUGAUAGCAUCCGAUUUCGAACACUUCUUGAAUUUGAAUCCGAAGAGUCCAGAAUAUUUAUCAUUAUUUAUUGAUGAUAAAUUAAAGAAAGGUGUCAAAGGAAUGACUGAAGCUGAGAUUGAAGUGGUGUUAGAUAAAACAAUGGUACUGUUUAGAUUCUUACAAGAAAAAGAUGUGUUCGAACGAUACUAUAAACAGCAUUUAGCUAAACGAUUAUUACUUAACAAAAGUGUUAGUGAUGAUUCUGAAAAGAACAUGAUAUCGAAGUUAAAAACGGAAUGUGGCUGCCAAUUUACGUCCAAACUAGAGGGAAUGUUUAAAGAUAUGACUGUAUCUAACACAAUUAUGGAAGAAUUUAAGGAGCAUAUAUUAACAUCUGGAACUCAUUUACAUGGCGUUGAUCUAAGUGUUCGUGUAUUAACAACUGGAUUUUGGCCAACGCAGAGUGCAACCCCAAAAUGUAGUAUUCCAACAGCACCUAGGAAUGCUUUUGAGGCGUUUAGACGAUUUUAUUUAGCUAAGCACAGUGGCCGACAGUUAACAUUACAACCACAAUUAGGGAGUGCCGAUUUAAAUGCAGUAUUCUUUGGACCGCGACGAGAAGAAAGUGAAGGUAAAGAUGGAGCUAGUUCUUCCACUAGCGUAAUAUCAUCAAGAUCUCAAGGACCCCGUAAACAUAUUAUUCAGGUUUCAACUUAUCAAAUGUGCGUUUUAAUGUUAUUCAAUAAUCGAGAGCGUCUCACAUAUGAAGAAAUACAAAAUGAAACCGACAUACCUGAACGAGAUUUAAUUCGAGCUUUACAAUCACUAGCAAUGGGUAAAGCAACACAACGUGUUCUCAUAAAACAGCCACGAACAAAAGAAAUUGAACCGUCUCAUCUUUUUAGCGUUAAUGAUUCAUUUACUUCUAAGUUGCAUAGGGUAAAAAUACAAACAGUGGCUGCCAAAGGCGAAUCCGAGCCAGAGCGACGUGAAACUAGGAACAAAGUUGAUGAGGAUCGUAAACAUGAAAUAGAAGCAGCUAUUGUAAGGAUUAUGAAAGCUCGUAAACGAAUGUCUCAUAACAUACUCGUAGCAGAAGUUACUGAAUUAUUAAAAAGUCGAUUCCUACCAUCACCUGUGAUUAUUAAAAAACGAAUAGAAGGGUUAAUUGAGCGCGAGUACCUGGCGCGCACUCCAGAAGAUCGUAAAGUGUACACAUACGUCGCCUGAAUGUCAAUCAUCAUCUUUUGGUUAAACGAUGGUGUUGUAUCUUUAAUUUAUUCAUUGGCUGUUCAAAAUAAUACCUAAAUACAAAUAAAACAUAUUUGACCAUUUAAUCAUAAAUAAAAUGCUGAAAAAAAUACUGGAA